ACACGCGCUUCAGCUAAUCUGAAUCAAGGGCCGUGAAUAGACAGGUAAACAGGCUAUUCUUACCACAGCGACCCGUCUGUCACACUUGACUGGCAUCAGCUGCUAUAUGCGAGCCUAUGAACCAGGCUCACGCUGUAAGGUACACACGGUGUGACGAAACAGGGACGGAAAUGUGACAGAGUAUGGGAUAGUUUCCUGGUUUCUAAUUUAACAUUCAAGGAAUUGACAGUGCAGCAGGAGGUCCUGUACAUAUCUCCCAGAGGGACGUUGAUUUCACACUGCAGACAGACAUUACCACACAGCUGGUUUUGGAGCAGCUUGGCACUAUUGCCUGUUUCAUCACUUGAGAUAAUUAGGAAGGCUAUUGAUAGUAUAGCGGUGACUAUCUUUAAAACUGGAGCGAAUAUUCCCAUUCAAGAUUUUCAAAUCAUCUCCUAAAAUGACAACUGGAAUACUGUUUGUUUUCAACUUGUGGAAGGGGAGACGGAAAGAUAAGGACUCCCCUACCCCACCUGCCAGCGAGGAACAGCGUCAGUACCUGGGGGAAACGUUUAUCAAGGAACGUGUUACAGAAGCGGAUUUCUUCAAGCUAGUCUCACUACCUCCACACCUAGACUAUAAUGAGUGGUUGGCUACUCACACCAUAGCUUUCUUCAACCAUGUGAACUUAAUGUAUGGGGUGAUCUCUGAGUACUGUACCUCCGAGGGACAAGCAUGCUCCUCGAUGGCAGCCCCGGGCAGUGUGCAAUAUUACUGGUAUGAUGACAAGGGGAAGAAGUUUAAAUAUUCAGCUCCUCAGUACAUUGACUAUGUCAUGACAUAUAUACAGACGUCCAUCACUGACGAAUCUGUCUUCCCAACAAAGUUUGGUCAUGUCUUCCCAAACUCAUUCGAAACAGUUGUGAAGAAGGUGCACCGGUAUCUCCUCCAAGUAUUAGCACACAUAUACCACGCACAUUAUAGGGAACUUCUGACACUAGGUCUGCAUGGCCACUUAAACAGUCUGUUCACUCACUUCAUGGUCUUCAAUUUGGAGUUUAACUUACUGGAGGACAAGGACACUGAGGUUCUCCACGACCUUGUGGAGGCCCUCCUCAAAUGUCUAGAAGACUAUAACCAGAGUAUACAGGAUAAUGCAGCUAAUGAAGAUAGUGAGGAAACACCGGAAGACACUAGUCCCCCACAGCCAGAGAAACAGCUGCUGCAAACAUAGUGGAUUCCAAACCUUUGUCUUUCAUAUCAACAGGAUGUUUAAUGGUCGUGCAUUUGCAUCGGGGACUCAGGAUAUAGUGUGGAAGGAUCAAGAAUGUGAUACUGUGCUUGGUUGGAGUGUAUCAACUGUGUGACUCUAGGGAGAGAGAAGAUCCUAGAUGAGGAUCGGGAUGUUUGGAUGUGGAGAUGGUCCUCCUCAUGCAGCUGAAGAAGGAUCUCGUGCCUCAUAGUUUCAGCUUUCUGUAGUUUGAAUGGAUCAGUGUUCAUAAUGUCAUUUUGGGUGAUAAUUUCAUUUUCAGCAGGGCCUGUGCUUGUUAUUGUUUUAUGAUAUAAAUGGUAUAUACAGUACAUGUAUGAUAAUUAUGAAGUAAUGAGGUGUUAUUUGCUUAUUUGGGGUAGAAAUGUUAGUUCCUGUGAAUUCUUUGUUCAAAGCCAUCGACAUGCUCUGAUAAAAUGAAACAUUGAUCCUGUUUAUUAAUCUAUAUAUUGUAAUUGUUUACAAUAUCUGAUGGAAGGCAAUACCUCGGUGAUGACUAGUGACAGAACGUCCGUGUUGACAGCUGCAGAUGAGUUGAUGUAGAUUGCAAUUGAGAUAGAUACAUGAUACAGAGAGACUGUGAUGUUCACCUGGUGUAGAGCUUGAUCGAUGUGAUUCUUUUGACUUGGUGGUUUAUGUAUGAGGAACCCAGUCCAGGGUUUCGAUGACUGUGUGAGGACUGCAUCUUCUCGUUUCAAUUCUUCCACACAUUGGCACCCCACACAGUUCUGCAAUAGCCUACUACCCUCACCCUCGCUGUAGAGCUGUAGGCUUCACUAAUAUGUUGCUGUGGAUUCUAGAUGAGGUUAGAACGAACAAUACUCUGUGUUGGAUAUAGUGGGCACACUAGGGAUUUUACCAGACAAAAAUGUAUUUAUCAGCACUAGCUGGCGUUGUACGCUGUACAGCAGAUAUGUGUUGUAAUUUGUUAUGUGACAUUGUGGGCAAGGUCAGAAAACUGGCAUGGAAUCUGAUGUGCAGGAUUCAAGAAAGAUGGAAAGCCUGGCAGUUCUUCCAGAUACAUUAUCUUCAGAUGAACGGCCCGAUGAUGCCUUUAAUGCCAAGUUAUAUACUCUGGAUGAUGCUGGACAAUUAGUGCCAAAUAGGACUUGAGUUAAUAACCAGGUCAUCACAGCAGAUAAGGACUGAUAUGUGCCAAGGUAAUACUCUUGGAGAAGGGUCUCAUGGUCAAGAAUUCUUGAAAGAUGUCAUGGGUUUUAAUUGCUAAAUGCAGUGAAGGGUUCCCAUUGGUGCCAAUUGUAUUGUUAUAUUGGGCUACCAUUGUUACAAGUCUUGCAGAGGGUGCCAAGGAAAUGAUGGAUGUCAAGCAGGUAAUCGCAUACAGGUGCCAAAUAUUACCCAUGUCAAGGCUGUUAUGCAGUUAUGUAUGUCCUUGGCAGGAUUGAAAUUUCACGUCAUAAAGCCUAAAGGCUCUCUGGUUGCAAGGUUGGAGGUGUAUAACAUAGAGUUGAUUGUUCACUGGUGCCAAGCCUUGGUUCUGCUGCUUGCCAAAGAAUUGUGGUGUAGAGCUAAUCUGACACUUCUGUGUGCCUAAAUGUUCUCUUUCACAUCUGCUGGAGGACAAUGACAAGUGACCUUGUACAAGUACCACACUUGUGUAGGACAGCUAUUCCUACAGUGAUGGAGAUUCUGAUGCAGUUUACACUGCCAGACCGAGUAUUCUUUAUUGAAUGAAAAGUAGGUAACUUCAUCAGUUUGGGUAAAACUAUGACAGAAAAAGUCUUUAGAAAACUGUAAGAAAACAAGUGGACUCAGUUUGGACCAGUUUGAUGAAAGAAGUUGCAGAUGUUGCAAAUAGCUAUACCCUUGACUAUACAGUUGUGUAUGGUUGUGUUAAUUAGUAUUGUGCUGAUGUUAGUGAUAGCACCACGAGGGACACAGUUCUGUCUGAUACAAGGAAGGAUGACAUGUUCAUUAACUUAAGUGUGAACUUGGACUUCAGCAAUAUCUUGGAUUAUUUGUCUCAGAAAAGAUUUUGUCAGAAUUUGAUCGUUGACAUACUUUUUAGCAGCCCGAAACUCUGAAAAGGUUAAUUGAUGAAAGUUCAUUGCAAAGAGGCUCUUCUUUAGUCAGUGGAUGACAUUUUUCGAUUUUCGCACAGCCAUCCAUUGACUUUUAGAAAGGUUUCACAAGGUCUGGAAAUCAUUACAAUCCUCCAAAACUGAUAACAGUGAUGAGAUGGAAGAUUGAAUUACAGUAUUUGAUACAGUUCUUUAUCGUUAAGGUAAAGUAAAAUACUGUUUUAGGAUGAAAAGAAGUUUCAGGCUUUGCUAUUUUACAUUGCAAAUGAUAGUUUAUAUGUAAAAGGCAAAUUGAAAAAUUAUUUAAAAAGAUAUUUUUAUCAUCAAUGACAUUUUAAUGAUUUACAUUGAGGUCAUGUAAAAUACUCUGACUUUUGAAAGAAGGGACACUUCCUAGUAUCAGACUAGCUGCUUUCUCUACAGUAAUACUGUCAUAAUACCCUGAAACCAUCCAUGGCUGGUACUGAAGUCAUGUAGGUGAUGCUCCCAGGACUGUGUGGGCAGUAUUGUUACUCAGGCCGCUGCUAACUGAUGACCACUUGUUGCUUGUGAACAUUGCCCCCAGUUUGUUUAGACAUGCAUACUUCAUGAUCCAGUGGCUUUGUCUUCUGCAAUACUAGAACAUUAAGUGGAGCUGUGAUAUCUUGGAAAAAUGUACAUACUCCGAUAAUAACUGUGUUAACAGCUUUUGGUCAUUCAUUGUGCAGGUAUCAUAUUAAUAUAUAUUUUCUCAGCAUGCUUAAGUUAAGCAGUAUUGUGUUUCAGCUUAAGCAGAAAAUUGAGUAGAGUCAUAAGGUUGGAGGCAUUUACAGCAUAUUACCAUCUUAAAAGAUUUUGCCAACUGUUGAAUAAGUUGAUGUUGAAUUUUAUACUUGAAUUGAAUGCCAUUGGUGUGUUCAUAUCCUCAACCAUUUUGUUAAAAUCUUGUGCACACAGGUUUAUUGAAUUCCACAAGUACUUUUGAAAAUACAGAAUUUCUUGUAAUGAAGGUCCAAGUCUGUUUCAUCAUCACUACCUAUGAACAGUUAUCUGUUUAAGAUCAAGUCCUUUUAUUCUAAGCCAUGUAGGGAGGAUCCCAAACAGCAAGAAAUACAAAGAUAUUAAUAAUAUUCUAAAUUAUUCAUAGCCAAGAAACUGACUUGCAUUUUUCGUCUGAUCUCUCGUCUAGUAUUUACAGUAAUAUCUUGUUCUACAUUUAUCUUUGAAUUUUUCACAAAAUGUUGUCCCUACACAAAUUGUGAGCAUGGCACGAUGCAGAAUAAGGACGAUUAUGGUAUAUCUGUCAUGAUAGAAUGUUUGUAUCAACCUCCAAUUUUGAGCUCCAAGGGGAGAUAAUCCAGCUUGGCAGCAUUAUCCAACAUGGCCACCCCUAGCAGCAGCAAAGCAUAAGAAUGUAUUUAUUUUAUAGAUUAUUUAUUUUGUUGUAGAUUGUAGUUUUUUUUCAGUUGUUGUCAGGGUUUGUUUUCAGGACGUCCCCAGAUAAACGCAAUCAAGCUAACGAUGCUAACACUUGUUACUGACCAUUCACUGAGUGCUUAAAGCUCUGCAUUUCUGACAUUGUGUCUCUUUGAUUGAAUGUCAUUUCCUUUAUUUUGCCAGCAGUUUUGAUUAAAAUACUCUGGAUUCUGUGUAAUACUUACAAACAUGCAUUUUGUUUUCUUUUGCCUUUGAAAUUAAUUUGAUAUUCCUGGGUUGAAAUAUUCCAUAUGUGUUCAGGAGUUAGAACCAAAAUACACAUGCCAUUGUUGUUCUAUCAUUAAUGUCAUAUAUAGCUUUCAUUUCAUUAACAAACACAAUGAUCUGUCACUUCUUUGUGGUUUUUGUCUGUAACAGUUUACCUGAUGUGUGCAAAUGUGUUUGCCUUAAAAUAUUUUGGGCCAUAUUGUACCUAUCAAACAAACAAGACAAAAUAUUGCAAGCCAUAUUGGUUGUUUGAAAUUUGUGUUUACUAUUUUCUUGUAAGAAUUCUUACUGUUGUGCACAGACAGACAUGGGUCAUUUGUCAAAUAUGAAUAAACUGAUAGUGUCGUAAUGACCGAGGUAGAAAAUGCUAAAUCAACUAUUGUCAGUGUUUGACAGUCACAUUAGAUAAGACUAUGUUAAGUUAAUUAUGUUUUUGGAUUUCACUGAAGUCAAAAUAUCAUUUCGUUAUUUUUUAUGAGCAAAUUUGUUACAAAAUGUGAAACACUGCACCAAUGUUCCAUAUGCUAUACACUGCAUCUUGUCACAGUGAGGUGGAAUCCCAGCCUGGCUGUUGUCAUGGUGAGGUGGAAUCCUAGCCUGGCCGUUGUCAUGGUGAGGUGGAAUCCAACCCUGGCUGUUGUCAUGGUGAGGUGGAAUCCCAGCCUGGCUGUUGUCAUGGUGAGGUGGAAUCCUAGCCUGGCUGUUGUCAUGGUGAGGUGGAAUCCAAGCCUGGCUUUGUCAUGGUGAGGUGGAAUCCAAGCCUGGCUGUUGUCAUGGUGAGGUGGAAUCCAAGCCUGGCUGUUGUCAUGGUGAGGUGGAAUCCUAGCCUGGCUGUUGUCAUGGUGAGGUGGAAUCCAAGCCUGGCUGUUGUCAUGGUGAGUGGAAUCCAAGCCUGGCUGUUGUCAUGGUGAGGUGGAAUCCUAGCCUGGCUGUUGUCAUGGUGAGAUGGAAUCCUAGCCUGGCUGUUGUCAUGGUGAGGUGGGAUUCUAGCCUGGCUGUUGUCAUGGUGAGUUGGAAUCCUAGCCUGGCUGUUGUCAUGGUGAGGUGGGAUUCUAGCCUGGCUGUUGUAAUGGUGAGGUGGAAGCCUAGCCUGGCUGUAGUCAUGGUAAGGUGGAAUCCUAGCCUGGCUGUUGUCAUGGUGAGGUGGAAUCCUAGCCUGGCUGUUGUCAUGGUGAGGUGGAAUCUUAACCUGGCUGUCUAAACUAUAGAAAUGUUUUCUCUGUACUUGUGUACAUCUAGACAAGACCUAACUCCAUAAUAUCUGUAUUCCAUGUGGUUAGUGCCAAACAUUAUAAAUGGGAUCCUUAGAGCCUUGUAAUUUGCCAAAAUGAGUUUGCUUUUAUAGUAAUGUAAUAAGGGAUAAUAUGGAUCUUGCUAUGUGACUUUGCAUGAUCUUCGUUUGUCCGGGCUAUAUUAAACUUACUCAAUAGCAUUAUGUGUAAUAUUCAGCUAUUGUUUAGAACACCAUAUACUGAAAGAGCAUCAGUUAAUGGAUGCAUUCGUACAGAAUACUCUCAGCUGUGUCCUGACCUUUUGGUUUGGCAUGGUGUAAUCAGUAUUUAAAUAAGCAUCCAACGCUUUUAUAGCAUGUGUGUGUUACAAGCUUCAAUGUCACACAUAUCAAACAAAUCAUAGUGAGCAAAGUUUUAUGGAAUGUAUUCACAGAAACAUGACAAAACAAAGAUCCAAUAGAAAAUCAAGUUUUGCAAAAUCGUAUUAUGAGGCAUUUUGAAAAUAUUAUCUGUAACUAAUAUGCCUCCUAUUUUGUUUGAGAAAAAAUGUCUAUUUUGACCUUUAUGUGCUAGGAAUUGAUAAAUAACAGUCAUGUGAGAAUUUUUUAUAUUUGAUGUGUGUGGCAUUCCCCUGAGUAGGCCUAUAUAUGUGUGAGUUGUGUUGUGGACUCAGUGUGGCCUCUUGGCACUAAUCAGAUGCUAUACAGACAGUACAGUGAGUGUAGCUGUGUAUCAUAUAUUUCAUGGCUGGCAUCAGCUCAACACAAUACAUUUUACUCCUAUGUCAAAAUAAAAGUUAUAUUAUGAA